UCAUAUAGCGUACAGGUAAAGUUUUAGUUAAACUGCAAUUUCAUAUGCAUUAAAAGAGGUUCAUGGAUGGAUGCAUAACAAGGGAACGUUUUGAUAAAGAAUGUGAACAAAUUAUCAAACGAAGUGCUGAGUUAAAGGAUAACUUCACAUUGGAAUCAUCAAAGCACGAUGAAUUUUGCAAGUAUUUAUGUAAACACACAACGAAAAUCAUUACCGUGGAUGAUGACAAGAAUGUGUAUGAGAACGAUGAAAUGGGUGACAGCAUGAAUGAAGAAGACGUUCCAGUUGAUAAAUUGUCUGCAUCAGUGGAGCAUUCAGACGUCGUAAAUUUCAAACAUCAUAUCGUCUAUAGCGAUAGUUACAAUGUUCCAGUCUGUAUUUUACAGCAAGUUCGACAGAUCUUUUUUUGCGAAAGUUGUUUAUGUGUUAUGUUACCAUCUUAUGUCAUAGAUGGAAGAAUAAAAACACUGGAAGAAAUAUGGCAGCUUGUUCCUGAACAACAAAAGCACGCUUUGCAGGACAAAUGGUCAUUUAUUACUCAACAAGAGCACCCAUAUUUGCAGAUACCGUGUUAUCAGUUACACCCGUGUCACACGUCAAAUUUUAUGAAAGCUUUGUCGACAACAAACAGCAACUAUCUUUUAAUGUGGAUAAGUGCGAUUGGUCCUGUCGUGAAUUUAAACCUACCCAUGGCUUACUUCCAUUCGAUACCGUGAACCGUUCCCAUGUAUUAAGUUAACGUUUGGUUUCUGACGAGACUUAUGAAAGAUUAAAUAGUGCAGCAUUGUGGAUUGCAAGCAAACCAAGCCGUUACUAGAAAAUUAAUUUUGGUUUCUGCAUCUAGCGAUGUGUACCACACGUGAAGUUGGCUUUCUAACAGAAUUUUUUACUACGUUUUGUAUGUCCUGUGUAGACAUCUUAUUUACUAAAGUAUUUUUUAAACUACCCAGGGAACAAGAAUGAUGUGAAGAUAACAUUACUUUUCCAGCGUUCCCCACCAACCACUAAAAAUUUAAAAUAUGUGCAGCAAAACGAAAUAAAAAAAAGAUAAACUUACAGACGUAUUUCUCACAACUUACAUUUGUAUAUUCUUGCAGAAAAAUAGCCACCCACAGAAGCCAAACAAACAAACAGUACCUUAAAAUUCAAAGGAGUCAUUGUAACAGUCUACUCAGAACAAAGACUGUCCACAUAGAAGACAGUCCGCAUAGAAGACAGUCAACACGACAGUCCACGUUAUAUCAUGGAGGUAGGAAUACAGUAUAUAUAGUUUUCAAUAACAAACAAAGUACCAAAAUAUAACAAGAAGCUUUCUUUAAAAGUUUAAUUUGUUCUCUGUAGAAAGACAUUUAAAAAGUAUAUUAUUUCGUUCGUGGGGUCAAAUUUAGAGUUAUAUUUUAAAUGAAAAGGACUGGGUAUUAAGUUAAAAGAGACUGACCAGAUAAAUUUGAAAUUACGCCACGGCUCGUGUCGAGAGAACUGCACGGCCGGUGUAAAGCGAACUGCACGGUCGGUGUGAAGUGACUACACGGCCUGUUUAAAGCGAACCGCACGGCCCGUGUAAAGUAACUAAGUAAUCAACGAGUUUUAAUAAUGCUUAAGAAUGUUGUUGCUUAGCAAUGAAAUAUCACAACUAAAUGUCGAAAAUUUUUAGUUUUUCAAAUUUUUCAUCGAAAUUUAAAGAAGCUUUAUUUCUUAAUGUUUUUACUUAUUUGGUAAAUUGUAUAUAAAGUAAUUUUACACAUAGACAGAAAAAUCAAUUUAAUACUGUGACGUUAUGUUCCCAGGGUUUCUAAUUCAGAGGCACCAGCACCCUGGAAAACCUGAACUUUAGGAAGUUUAGUAAAAAAAGGAGGAGAAUGAAAAUUGACUUGUCACCCUCCUACCUCGUUCUAACACCCUCUGAAAAGAUGCAAUCUUGUUAACAAAGCUUGACCCAAUUAAUUUUUGAACCUGCAGUAACACGCACAAUCAAAUAAGAAAGCGCGCAGUAGAUUCUGUUUUGGACUUGCGAGGUACUGGAAAAUUUGUUCGAGGUAGUGGGGGUUCGAGAUGAAGAGGAAAGAUAAACUUCAAAGUUAGAGAGAGGAAUCAACGUGUGUGUACCAGACAUACAGUGUUCAAGACAGAAAUUUCGUAAUGUUUUAUAAAACUUAAAAAUAACUGGUUUAUAUUUUAUUUAUGGUUCUCUUUAUUAUUUUGAUAAAUUUAGAAUUUCGUGCUUUUGUCGCCACCACACAAAGAUGUUUUUACACGUAAUAAGAAUGCGCAAUUUUUAUUCCAUUGUAAUACUAUUUUUAAUUUUGAUUUCUAUCUUUUUUGUAUAUCAAUUAUUCGUAAAAGCUCAAUAAUUAAAAAUGAUGUAUUAUAAACUAAAAGAUUCAGCCUUUUCGUGGACAGUUCCAAGAGAAGAAUUAUUAAUCUGCAUUUGUAAUAAAUAUGCUUGCACUCCAACGAGACCAAACUUUAACAAGAUCAAAUACAAUACUUCAAAUACUUUUCCUUAUUAUA